GUGUAAGAAAGUCCUGCACAGUGUGUGUUUGGUUGGGGAUAGGUGGUUUUCUUAAGCUUGUGUUGGUCAGUAAGUGUAGUUUGCUAGCAGCUAAGCUAGCUUUAGACACUACUAACACAUCCGCAGCCAUGGCUUUGAGGUUCAGCAUCAGUGUGGCUUUACUGCUGUCUGCAUGGUCAACUGCAAGUUGUGACCCCCUCGUGGAUGGAGUCUUGCAAGUGGAUUGUAAUGACCGUUAUUUCAUGAUGGCUGUUGAUCUUGCCGUCACUGGAGAAGAUGUUCGCUUUGAAGCUGUUGACAGAAUAGGUGCCUACGCCAUCACUGAGGACUAUGCAGCAGAAUGUGGCUACACCCUCAGCAUUUUCCCUUUCCUGGGCCUUGUAGAGCUCAGAGCUUCAUACUUCAGUUGUCACACGGACCAGAAUGAUGAUGCAUUCAUGUUCAGAUUCAACCUGAUCACAAACGAGGAAGAAGAGGAGGUCAUCUAUGCACUGAACCAGACCUGUUCUCCCUCUGUCCCUUUCUCAUCCAGGGAGGUUGUUUGUGAGGUCAACUACAUGGAGGUGUCUCUGAGGAGUGAUCUUACCUGUUCUUCUGAGAUGAGUGACGACUGGAAUGCUCUUGGACCUGCCUACUGGUCAUCCACUUCAGAGUGGCAGGUGACACUUCAAAAAGCAGAUGAGGUGAUGCCACCCAUGAACCUCUCUGAAGCUCGUAAGCAGGGCUACAUGUUUGACCUGAGCUAUGGGCGGAUUGUGUUUCGUACACCGUAUGGACAACCUGACUCGUGCAGCACUGAGGUGAAUGGCGUCGCAGUAGAGGUGGUCCAUGCAACUCUGUUCUCCAGGAAAAGCUGGGUGGUCUUCUUGGUGGACCUGGUGGCUGCAUGCUCCACAAAUGAGGGAUCAUAUGAUGGUAGCUACAUGGUAUGGAAGGCUCCAGAUGGUCUGUAUCCCAGUCUGAAUGGCACACAGAUCAGUGUUGGCCUCAAUGGGGACCUUGUGGAGCAGGCUGUUGCAGAGCAGAUGGGUGUCAUGGAAAAGAACACCACCACAGUCCACAUCAGCAUCCCCACUAAUGCUGAGGGAGGGUACAGGAAGAGCCUUGUGAAUGGCAGCAUCUUCGAGUUCUACCUGUUCCAUCUGUACAUGAGGCAAAUCGCAGUGGAUGAGGAUUAUCUGGAGACUGUGGUCCUGUAUCACCGUAUCCUGAUCACUCCCCUCCUGCCCUGUCAUCUGGUCACCGAGGAGCUGGCUAUCCUGGAAGAAGGGCUGUUUGUGAUCUUCCUGGGAAAUGUCCCUGAAGAUGUUGAGCUGACUUCUGUGCGGCUGAACGAGCAAGAAUUUGCAGUGCCCUUCACCAAUGACAGCAGCUACUCCAUCACGAAGGUCUUCUAUCCCAACAGCACCCACAGCUACACUAUGACGGUGCCUCUCAACGACUCUGUUGUAACGCAGCAGUUUUCUAGAGAGAACGCAACCAUGCUGCACAAGCUGGAUGUGAACUUCAUGCUGACUAUUCCUGGAAAUGACCCGUAUUACCACAAGGCAUCAGUAAUGGCAUCAGUCAACAUUUCUCCUCCAGUCCUUGCUGCCGUCUGUACGGAAUCUGGGAUCAGCUUCAAGCUGGAUCACCUGCCAUCUCUCUCCCUGUGGGAGCUCACCAUUGGCUCCAACGUGCUGACGCCAGAGCUGGCCGCCAAGCGGGGCUACACAAUGACCAAUGAUAGCCAGAGUCUACUGCUCGAUGUGCCACUUUUCACUCUGGGCUAUGAAUACAGGAAUAUUACUGUAACUGGAUUUCUUGGCACAUUUGAGGUCCUUGUGAGGGAUCGCAACACAUCCAAGGUCCAGACUUCCACUGUCAAGACGUGUCGCUUCAAUUCCACAGGGCUCGUCUUGUGUUCCACUGAUGGCUGGAUGACUGUGGUGGCUGACCUGUCUGCAGUCCUGCCCAGUGGGGAGAUCCCAGCAAGAACCCACCUCACUAAUGAGCACUGUGGACCCAGAGAAGCAGAUGGCACCAGGGUGCUCUUUUCCUUCCCACUCAACAGCUGUGACUCAGCAGUCAAGCUGACGAGGGGAAAUGUGACCUAUCGCAACAAGAUUUUCUACAACCUCAAUAUGAACAACCUUGAUGCUGAUACUGCUACUGAAGGGGCGACUGUGCAGUGUGCGUAUCCUCUGGCUAGCCUCCACCGCCUGUUCUCGGUGUACAGCUUUGAAUCUGAAGCAGAAGGUUUUGGCAGAAUUGCAUAUACCAAGCAGCCCACAGCAGCAGAUCAUACCACAGUUGUUUCCCAGAAAACCAAAAUGUCCAUCAAAUACCUGCCUGCCUUCCACACAACUGCUCACUACAUCAAAGCUUUUAAGUCCCAUAAUCUUGCUGGUGCUUAUAAGAAAAGUAACCAUGUAAACUCUUAAAUAGAAUCGUGCCUCCCCUCUCUAACAGGACCUUGCAGCACUCCAUGUCUCUGUACAUGCCCCCAUGUUUACCUUAUCAAGGAGGCAGCCAAACAGCCCACCCAAUCAUCCUUGCGGAGGUCUUCUAUAUUGACCCCACAGGGUGCUGCAGGAGGAGGAUCCCUAAAAUACAGACUGGGGUGACGGUUUCUGGUUUCUCCCAGUUCCAGCUCAACACUCCUCAACCCAUCAUGUCACCCUGUCUGGCUGCACCAAAUCGUCAAGA